AGCGCGUAGCCGAUCACGCGCAAUCAUAUGUAACCUGCCUAUCUUUUCUUUCUCACCUAAAUCAAAGAUUGAUGAUUUUAAUGGUGAAAAUGGAUCUUUGGUCGUCCGCGAAGUAACUCAAACCAGCAGCUUUGCUUCAUCCGUACUUGUCAACAACUCUCUGCCAUUUGUGUACUAUAUCUUUUUCCCCUUCUCUCUCUGUACAAUGCUAGAAUGCCUCAAUACAGACAAUCCGGAAACGAUAGAUUCAGCGUUCGCGGAGGAGGAGGCUCAGCGUCUGAUCACGUAGCGAUCGGGAUCCGAAACGGCGCCGGAGGACACGGGAAGGCUAACCGUUGGAAGCGAUCCGUUCGACCUGAGAGGAUUCGUCGCGUUGGAGUCGGCUCUGUUGUUUUCGUUCUCUGCCUUGUGCUCGUUGUCACUGUUGUAGCGUACUACUAUAUCUCUGGUUUUGCUAAUAAUGGCUACGAUGAUAAAGGAUUGGAUUCUUUCGACGGUGAUUUUCUGACGAAUGUGACGAGAAUUGACCCUGGGAAGGUGCUUGAGUUUGGUCAGGGCUCAGUGGUUCACGGACGAGACUCGAGGUAUUGGGAUAAGGAUGAUAGACGACGGGAUGAUGAUUAUAAUGAGGAUGAAGUAGAGCAUAAACCUGUUGAUGUAAUUCAAGUGAAGAAGGGUUUAGAUUUGAAGGGGAUUGGUUUGUACAAUGAAGCUGGACGGAACGAGUUAAACAAGUAUGAAGCAGAGUAUCAAGCUUCCCUUUUCAAACGUGGUCCUGGGGAUCACGAGGCGGUUCAUAUGGACCCUGAUGAUGAUGAUGCUAUUGAUUCUCAUGAUAGUCAAGCGGAUGAUGAAUACGUUGGCCAUGAUGAGGAUGACAAUGACAACGAAGAGCCGCGCAAGGAGAAGCCUACAGAGCUUCUUCUUUCCAUGAGUAAGGAACAUGAUGAUGGAGAUACUUCAAAGAGGUCACUUGGGGAGUCUUCUCUUGUUACCAAGGUUGGUAAGUCCGGGAAAACAUCACGAUCUGCUACAAAACGAAGAGCUCGUGGUCGCAGAUCUUCAGGUGGAGCUUGUCAGAUGAAGCUAUUGAAUUCUAGUCAACCAAUAGUGGAGCCCUUGAAUACUCGAAAAUCUGCUAGAUUCUCCUUGCACUACGUAGAGAAUGAGGAAAAACCUGAUGGAGAACAACUGUGGGAUCCUAGGUUUGCAGGUCAUCAGAGUUUACAAGAGCGAGAAGAUUCCUUCUUGGCUGCAGACAAGAAAAUUCAUUGUGGUUUUGUCAAAGCUCCCAAAGGAUCUCCAACCACUGGGUUUGAUCUCACAGAAGAUGAUACUAAUUAUAUCAGUAGAUGCCACAUCGCUGUGAUCUCAUGCAUAUUUGGCAAUUCUGAUCGCUUGAGGCCUCCUGCCAAUAAAAUGAUAAGUCGGUUGUCAAGAAAAAAUGUUUGCUUCAUUGUGUUCGUGGACGAGAUUACCAUGCAAACACUUUCUGCGGAAGGCAAUGCCCCAGACAGAGCAGGAUUCAUUGGUUUGUGGAAGUUGGUUGUGGUAACGAAUCUGCCUUACGCAGAUAUGAGGAGGGUAGGCAAAAUACCAAAACUGUUGCCACACCGACUUUUCCCAUCAGCAAGGUACUCAAUCUGGUUGGACAGCAAGUUACGACUUCAGUUGGAUCCCUUACUCAUUCUGGAGUACUUCCUAUGGCGUAAAGGUCACGAGUAUGCUAUAUCCAAUCACUAUGACCGCCAUUGCUUAUGGGAAGAGGUUGCACAAAACAAGAAGCUGAACAAGUACAACCAUACUGUUAUUGAUCAACAGUUUGAAUUUUACAAGGCUGAUGGGCUGACCAGAUUCAACGCUUCAGAUCCGUUCAAGCUUCUUCCUAGCAAUGUUCCAGAGGGGUCUUUCAUAGUACGGGCACAUACUCCGAUGUCGAACCUAUUCUCAUGUCUUUGGUUCAACGAAGUGGAACGCUUUACUCCCCGUGACCAGCUGAGCUUUGCUUAUACUUAUCAAAAACUAAGAAGGAUGAAUCCUGACAAACCAUUUAAUCUUCACAUGUUCAAGGACUGCGAGAGAAGAAAGAUUGCAAAAUUGUUCCGUCACAGAUCAGAGGAGAAGCGAAACCUUAUACAAUCAGCACUACAACAAUAGAUGACCUGAGCUUCUUUUUUUUAUCGUUUUAAUAUAUUACUUGUUGGGGUUACUCUCUACUGCUAUAUUCACAGUGUCACUUGGAGAAAUGCUCUUUUACAGUUUCGUUUUGAAAAGCUCCUUGCUCCGAUGACUCUAAAACUGGUUAAGUUGGAUCGAGUCUGUUGCUUGUGGCAAGAACCAGAGGAGGUAUACCAAAACAGUGUGAUGUGAUUUGUAGAGAUGUAGAAGAGUGAGUACUUGGAAAGAAGAAGAGGCUUUGAUUAAGAUUCUCGAGGGUCCUCGAUUUUAAUUCAAUUCAUUGCUUUGUUUUUGUCUGUGUCACUAUCAUCAUUCUCGAGGAGGGUCCCUUUACAAAAAUACAUUGAUUAGAUUUUAUGCUGAUAUUUUUUUUUU